ACAAUAGCAGAAUAGCACGCUCCACUUUGUUUCACUUCUCUUUAUCAAUUCAUAUCUGUCUUCGCUUCUCGCUUCACCUACUCCCUCUCCUUCUCGUUUGAUCGAUCCAUAAUCUCAUAGCUACAUUCAGAGACUAUGGCGGCGACUGCAAACCCCUUCCAGAGCAUUCUGAAGACGCUUCAGAAGCCUGGUGGUGCUGGUGACUUCGGAAGUUACUUUAGCUUGCCAGCUCUUAAUGAUCCAAGAAUUGAUAAACUUCCUUACUCUAUCAGGAUACUUUUGGAAUCUGCGAUUCGUAACUGUGAUGAGUUUCAAGUUAAGAAGCAUGACGUUGAAAAAAUUAUUGAUUGGGAGAAUUCUGCUCCCAAACAGGUGGAAAUUCCAUUCAAGCCGGCUAGAGUGCUGCUGCAGGAUUUUACUGGUGUGCCUGCUGUUGUUGAUCUUGCUUGCAUGCGAGACGCAAUGAACAAGCUUGGUGGCGAUUCUAAUAGAAUUAAUCCCUUGGUACCAGUAGAUCUUGUCAUUGAUCACUCAGUUCAGGUUGAUGUUGCGAGAUCAGAAAAUGCUGUUCAGGCAAAUAUGGAACUUGAAUUUCAGAGGAACAAGGAAAGAUUUGGUUUCCUCAAGUGGGGUUCCACUGCAUUCAAUAACAUGCUUGUUGUUCCUCCCGGAUCAGGAAUAGUUCACCAGGUCAAUUUAGAAUACCUCGGUAGAGUGGUGUUCAACACGAAUGGUGUGCUUUAUCCAGACAGUGUUGUGGGAACUGACUCACACACAACUAUGAUUGAUGGCUUGGGUGUUGCUGGGUGGGGAGUUGGUGGAAUUGAAGCAGAAGCUGCUAUGCUCGGCCAGCCCAUGAGCAUGGUCCUACCAGGUGUUGUUGGAUUUAAAUUAUUAGGAAAACUACGAAGUGGCGUGACGGCUACUGAUUUGGUGUUGACUGUUACUCAAAUGCUAAGGAAACACGGGGUUGUUGGCAAGUUUGUGGAGUUUUACGGGGAAGGCAUGAGUGAGCUACCUUUGGCAGAUCGUGCCACCAUAGCAAACAUGUCUCCUGAAUAUGGUGCAACCAUGGGCUUCUUUCCUGUUGAUCAUGUCACUUUGCAAUAUUUGAAGUUGACAGGAAGAAGUGAUGAAACUGUUUCCAUGAUAGAAUCCUAUUUACGAGCCAAUAAGAUGUUUGUGGACUACAAUGAGCCUCAAGUGGAGAGAGUGUACUCAUCAUAUUUGGAGCUCAAACUUGAGGAUGUAGAACCUUGUGUCUCAGGUCCAAAGAGGCCUCAUGAUCGUGUCCCUUUGAAAGAAAUGAAGGUAGAUUGGCAUGCCUGCCUCAACAAUAAAGUUGGGUUUAAGGGUUUUGCCAUACCAACAGAAUCUCAAAAUAAGGUUGCAGAGUUCACAUUCAAUGGGACAAAAGCACAUCUUAGGCAUGGGGAUGUUGUUAUAGCUGCUAUCACCAGCUGUACAAAUACCUCAAACCCUUAUGUAAUGCUUGGAGCUGCACUGGUUGCAAAGAAAGCAUGUGACUUGGGAUUGGAGGUGAAGCCAUGGAUUAAAACAAGUCUUGCUCCAGGUUCCGGUGUUGUAACUAAAUAUUUAGAGAGGAGUGGCUUGCAGAAGUAUUUGAACCAGCUAGGUUUUCAUAUAGUUGGGUAUGGAUGCACCACAUGCAUUGGUAAUUCAGGGGAUAUUAAUGAAGCUGUGGCUUCUGCAAUUACUGAAAAUGAUAUUGUAGCUGCAGCUGUCUUGUCUGGAAAUAGGAACUUUGAGGGCCGAGUUCAUCCAUUAACAAGGGCUAAUUAUCUAGCUUCGCCUCCUCUUGUUGUUGCCUAUGCACUUGCUGGCACAGUUGACAUUGACUUUGAAACUGAACCUAUUGGAAUAACCAAGGAUGGAGAGAGGAUAUUCUUCAAAGAUAUUUGGCCAUCCAGUGAAGAAAUUGCAAGUGUUGUACAAUCAAGUGUGCUGCCAGAUAUGUUUAGGGAAACAUAUAAUGCGAUCACCAAGGGCAAUCCCAUGUGGAAUAAUCUCUCUGUUCCCACUGGCACUCUUUAUUCCUGGGACCCUUCAUCAACAUAUAUUCAUGAGCCACCUUAUUUUAAGAACAUGACCAUGUCUCCACCCGGUGGACACGGAGUGAAGAAUGCUUACUGUUUGCUCAAUUUUGGGGAUAGUAUUACGACUGACCACAUCUCUCCAGCUGGUAGCAUACAUAAAGAUAGUCCUGCUGCCAAAUACCUUAUGGAGCGUGGGGUUGACAGACGAGACUUCAACUCCUACGGAAGUCGCCGUGGUAACGAUGAGGUGAUGGCACGAGGAACUUUUGCCAAUAUUCGCAUCGUCAACAAACUCUUGAAUGGAGAAGUUGGACCGAAAACAAUCCAUAUUCCUUCUGGGGAGAAGUUAUCAGUCUUUGAUGCUGCAAUGAAAUACAAGAGCGAAGGGCAUGAUAUGAUUAUCUUAGCUGGUGCAGAGUAUGGAAGUGGAAGUUCCCGUGAUUGGGCUGCAAAGGGGCCGAUGCUACUGGGUGUGAAAGCUGUCAUAUCAAAAAGCUUUGAAAGGAUUCACCGAAGUAAUUUGGUGGGAAUGGGUAUUAUCCCUCUAUGUUUCAAGUCCGGGGAGGAUGCCGAUAGUCUUGGAUUGACUGGUCGUGAGCGGUACACCAUUGAUCUUCCGAACAUAAGUGAAAUCCGACCUGGUCAAGAUGUCACAGUGGUGACAGAUGAUGGGAAGAAAUUUGUAACUACUCUAAGAUUCGAUACAGAGGUUGAACUUGCUUACUUCAGCCAUGGAGGCAUCUUGCAAUAUGUGAUCAGAAACUUGAUCAAUGCUAAACAUUAAGGGUGUUAAAAGAAACAAUGUUGGCUGGUGGCAUUGGUAGCACACAGUCGCACUGAUUUUUAACUUUGUCCAAAUAAAGGUUCCUCCAAGGUGGUAAAAAAUCCUUGCUAUCAAAUGUUGUAUCAAUAAACCAAGGAAUGAUGAAGGGUUGUUGUAAUGGCUGUCACUUUUCAUUUCUCAUAUUUAUUUGAGAAUGGAGAAGUCUUUAUUCCUUAUUAUAGGGUUUGAGUGUUGUGGCGAACAUUUACUUUCAAGAGAAAUAGAGAAUCAUCAGUUGAAGGGUUAAUAAA